UCUCGGAGUCCAUUUUGUCUGCAACUGCAUGAAUGACUUCAUCUUACUUAUAUUUACCUUCCAUGUAUCUCGAAGAUGAUUGAUGUGAGGACAACGAGAGCACAAUGACCCUCGAACUUUAUCAUGAAUGUCGCGAUCGGGUCUCCACUCGGCGAAAUAUGCUCUACAUUGCAAGUGGCGGCGCUCAUCAAGACAUAUCCAAAGCUUCUCUUUCGUUGGUCAUGGGAAAGCAAUGCUGGUUCCACAUGCUCCACCAAGGAAUCGCACUGUGUCUUGUCAAUGCUGAUCCGAGACCGUCUUUGACCGCGAACUCCCCCCUCUCUCGUUCAGCCGGCGUCAUGUCGCAGGGCCUCACGGGGCAAAACGCAGCCGUUCCUAUCCUCUCUGUCUCGAUACAAGGAAUCAGCUAUGGAUUCGCAAGCUGUCUAUUUGUUGCAACAGCGUGGACGUUCCUAUCCCGACGCAGCACGAAGGUCGACCGCGUGAUGCUCGGGUUGGCGAUAGUCCUCUGGAUUUUGCCCACUAUCCAGGUCACCAUCGGUGUCUUCGACACUAUCAUUGCUUUUGUAGACCAUGCACAAGGUCCAUCUGGACCGGAAGACUACCUAUCCGCCCAACAGGGUCCAACAUUUCUGGUCGAUGUUGGGAUGUAUGCGUUAUCAACACUCAUUGGAGACGCUGUGGUGAUCUACAGAUGCUACACAGUCUGGCAGACUUGGACCGUCAUCGUUCUCCCGUGUCUCGCGUAUCUUGGAUCGUUAGGAAGCAUAUUCUACAACGCUUAUUCAUUCACUCACCAAAUCGUUAGCGGAGAGCGGAUCAUCUUCGUCUACUCGUUCACACUCGCAGCGAACGCUACAGCAACAGCCGCGCUAGCGUACCGGAUAUGGGUGGUAGAUCGCAGGUCCGGCAGGUUACAAACACUGUCAUCCUUCCGUACUCUGCGCCCGAUUCGCAUCGUCGUCAUCGAAUCUGGGGCGCUCUACACCUCCCUACUUAUCGUUCUUUUGGUUUCGGCCAUCCGCGCCUUGGGCGUGGUGUACAUCUUGACUGCCAUCAUGUCGCCCAUGGUAUCGAUCAUCUUCAACAUCAUAUUCAUACGCGUCCGGCUGUUGCGGGAUUCCGCAGUUGCACGGUGGAACAAUCCUGACACCCAUCAGCUUAGUGCUCUGGACUUCGCACACAGCUCGUCACAAGGGGCCCCGGACUCGCUCGAAACAGACAGGACUCGAAUUACCAAACCUAGAGGUUUCUCGCAUUCUGACGUCAAUUUCGGAGUGCAACCCAGCAAUGAUAACUCCCGACCAUCUACAUAGGGUUCUGAACGCGUAUGAUUCUUGUUCUAAGCUGACACUUUGUACGAAUGUUUUGAUGAACCGAUGUUCCAUGCUGUAUGCGGUGACACCAGAUGGUUCAUGUCGCUUCGGAAUUUAUGACGAUGAUUAUCGUUGGUCGUCUGUAGCCAGCG